AUGCUGAUUUCUCCUAAAACCGUGUUUGACAUUGUGUUUAGCCAGCAGUAUAGACAAAAGCACAAAACAACCUCAACAACCAACACCAUGUGUGGCUACUACGGAAACUACUAUGGAGGCAGAGGCUAUGGCUGCUGUGGCUAUGGAGGCCUAGGCUAUGGCUAUGGAGGCCUGGGCUAUGGCUGCUGUGGCUAUGGAGGCCUGGGCUAUGGCUAUGGAGGUCUGGGCUGUGGCUAUGGCUCCUACGGCGGCUGUGGCUACCAUGGGCUGGGCUGUGGCUAUGGUUAUGGCUCACGCUCUCUCUGUGGCUGUGGCUAUGGAUGUGGCUCUGGCUAUGGAUCUGGAUUUGGCUAUUACUACUGA